GUGAUUGAGCGCAGCUCCGCAAACAUCAACCUGAAUAGAGAAAUAAACAUGAGCGAGCACUGAACGCGCCUCUUUCAGUCUUUACAUUCAAUAGACGGCCAUUCAACUGGCCUUCAUUUCAUCUCCUUUUCGAUCCUCGACUAUCCUGCAAACUGUCUAAUCUGGAGGAGGACGGGGAGACUAGCAUGGCCAUGACGGGAGGCAUGGCAGCGCCACUCCCAAUGAGCAACCAUACACGAGAGAGAGUCACGGUGGCCAAACUCACGCUGGAGCACUUCUACAGCACUCUGCUCACCCAGCACGAGGAGAGGGAGACGAGGCAGAAGAAGCUGGAGAAAGUGAUGGAUGAGGAGGGGUUACCUGACGAAGAGAAGAGUAUGAGGCGCUCUCUUCAUGCUCGUAAGGAGACCGAAUUUCUGAGGCUUAAGAGGACCCGCCUGGGGCUCGAUGACUUUGAAUCCCUCAAAGUGAUCGGUAGAGGAGCAUUUGGAGAAGUGCGCCUAGUUCAAAAAAAGGACACGGGUCACAUUUAUGCCAUGAAGAUCCUCAGGAAAGCAGAUAUGUUGGAGAAAGAGCAGGUGGCACAUAUCCGGGCAGAGAGAGAUAUCCUGGUGGAGGCUGAUGGUGCGUGGGUAGUAAAGAUGUUCUACAGUUUCCAGGAUAAGCGCAAUCUUUAUCUCCUCAUGGAAUUUCUUCCUGGGGGAGAUAUGAUGACUCUGCUGAUGAAGAAAGACACUCUAUCUGAAGAGGCUACUCAGUUUUAUAUUGCAGAAACCAUCCUGGCCAUCGACUCCAUUCACCAGCUGGGCUUCAUUCACAGGGACAUCAAACCUGACAAUCUGCUCCUCGAUUCACGGGGCCAUGUCAAACUGUCUGACUUUGGCCUGUGCACAGGCCUAAAGAAGGCCCAUCGGACUGAAUUUUACAGGAACCUGACACACAAUCCUCCUAGUGAUUUUUCAUUUCAGAACAUGAACUCAAAACGUAAGGCAGAAACGUGGAAAAAGAACCGAAGGCAGCUGGCAUAUUCAACCGUGGGCACACCGGACUACAUCGCCCCCGAGGUAUUCAUGCAGACGGGUUACAACAAGCUGUGUGACUGGUGGUCUCUUGGAGUGAUAAUGUACGAGAUGCUGAUAGGCUACCCACCCUUCUGUUCCGAGACGCCACAGGAAACUUACAGGAAAGUCAUGAACUGGCGAGAAACACUGACCUUCCCUCCCGAAGUCCCCAUUUCAGAGAGAUCCAAAGACCUGAUCCUUAGGUUUUGCACAGAUGCAGAAAACAGGAUUGGAUCAGGAAGUGUGGAUGAAAUAAAAUCUCACCUUUUCUUUGAGUCUGUGGACUGGGAGCACAUUAGAGAAAGACCUGCUGCUAUUUCAAUUGACAUCAAGAGCAUUGAUGAUACGUCCAAUUUCGACGACUUUCCAGAGUCAGACAUUCUACAACCAGUUUGUAUGCGAGCAUCAGUUAGGAAUGACGCUGAUCUGAUGUCUGUGAGCUGUACAUUCAAGGCAGAUUUAAAAUUGACAAAUGUAACCGAACCAGACUUCAAGUCCAAGGACUGGGUUUUCCUCAACUACACCUACAAGCGGUUUGAAGGACUGACUCAGCGUGGAACCAUCCCAACCUACAUGAAGGCAGGCAAGGCAUGAAACGGGCAACAGCGUUAGCCUUCGACACCCUGGAAUAAAAGCAGAAUUAGAAUGUAAAUGACAAUUGAAAAGCAGAUGUCGGCCGAUGGAGGUCGUCUCUGCACAGAAGCUUACGCACUGCCGCUUCGAGCUACAAAGUAGACCUGUUCUCAAAGAAGUCCCUGGUGACGAUAAAAAGAAAAAUUAAUAAAGAUAAGCAUAGCAAUUAUAUGGCCAAACAAAUGGAGAGACACUUUAUGUCUGCUGCUCAGCUAUGAGGAAACACAAAGGUUUUCCGAAUGCUUUACAACACUGGAUCAAAACAGGGUCACAAAUGAAAACAAAAGGGAAGUGGAUGCAUCACUGAAGCCUUAUGUUGAGAAUACAUAGGAUGUAACCUUUCUCCUCAAACCUCUUGAGAAAUCUGCAAUAACGUUGAUUAUUUUCUCAGUCACUUUUACCUUCUUUCCCUUAGGAAGUUGAAAAUCUGUAUAAUGCCAAAUGAAAGAUUUACAUUGUUAACUACCUGAUGCUGAAUAUUUCCCACAAGGGUAUUUGUGGGUUUUGUGCUUUUGUUUUGUUGUAUAAUCGUAAACAUCUAACUUGAAGAUAAAGCUCAUAUGGGUUAUAAUUCCUCUAUAAGUGGCCUAUAAGUGCCAGUGAGCAGCUGACCCUUCCUCUUUCCCGUCCCGGUGCAUUUCACACACACACGCACAAGUGAUCUACUGUAAUCGAUUUGUUUUUGUCGUUUCGUUUCCUACUCUUGUUUCAUUGUAAUUGUUGUUCACCUAUGCAACCAUUUUUGUAGUUUUUUUUUUUGUAACAAAUGCAAGAUGUAGCUUCAAUCAGUGGGUUUAGAGGGAAUGCAAUGCAGUUAAAGGGAUAAUUCACCCAAAAAUGAAAAUUCUGUCAUUGUUUAUUCACCUUAAAGUUGUUCCAAACCUGUAUACAUAUUUUUUUAUUCUGCCAUUGACUUCCAUUGUAAGUUAGUGGUGCUCCAAAAGUGUUACAAAUAUUGCUCAAAAUAUCUUCCUUUGUGUUCAGCAAAACAAAGAUAUAUCAAUAUACAGGUUUGGAAAAGCAUGAGGGUGAGUAAAUGACAGAAUUUAAAGUUAUGGGUAAACUACCCCUUAAGUUUAUUUUUAUUUUUUUGUCGUAUCCAUACAUAAUGUUAUUUUACAAGUAAUACAGGGUGAAAUAAUCUGCUAAUUUGCUAUUUUUUAGCAUAUUGUAACCAAACUAACUUCUACACAUAAGACAAAGCUUGUACAAAAUAUUGUGUAUAAUGCUGGUAAACAUAUCAAUAGAUUACACUUCAAGUUUGUGUAAUGUUUAAAGAUUAAUAAUAGUUAGUAGUGGUAAAAAAAAAAGGUGAUAGUCAUUAAGUAUUGGCAUUAUUGAGAAUAACAAACCAGUCAGUGACAAUUUUGUACCACUCCAAUAAAAUGGCCUCUCAAAUUUAAGCAUCUCACAAAAGCCUUCUUAACUGUUUAAGCUAUUUAGUGACUGAAUUGUCUUGCUGUUGUGCAUGACUACAAUUUACUGGCCUAAUAAAAAGGCUGUGAAGAGAGCAAAUGCUGUAGCUUGAUGGAUUUGUCUGUAAUGUAAAAGAUACCUGGUGCUGGGA